AUGUCUGGGACUAUAGCUACUACCUGUGCUUUUGAAAUGGAAAAACUUUACAUCGGCUCUGGUAAGAAAACAAAGGAGAGACGAUCAGGUAGGAAUGUCGUGGUUCUGAUCUUAUUCUUUUCAUAGGCCUUGUUUGCGAGUGUGAGAAACGUUUUAUGACUAUCUUGUACAACGUACCAAAAAAACUUCUGGCCUCGAAUAGGAUUUGAUAGACAGAGUCAUAAGUAGUUAUAAUCACCUUAUGCGGAAUAGUAAAUAGAACAAGAAAAAAAUUAGUUCUAAUUCUUUACACUGGUUACACUUUUCACGGAACUUUAUCCGCAAACUAAAACUCAAAAUCGAUUUUGCAAGUAGCAAAGCACCGGGAUGAUUUUUCUCACCUUCACUCCAGACCAUCCACUGACCGCUUGCGCGCCUGUUCUUACCCUAAACAAAUAUACGGGUUGUUUUGCAGUCUACUGCAUUGUAGGCUCAAUAAACAAUACCACAGGAACGUACUGACCUAGGGACUCAAAAAUCAGAAUUGCAUAUUUUUCUAGCUCAAGUAUUUUAAGGCAUGGCUCUUCCUUUGAUCCUACACCCUAUAUUUGUUCUGAUAAAUGUGAUGAAAUUUUAAGUUCUGACUUCCUCCAACGAUAUCAUACGUAGAAGAAAUAAUUUCACGCCUUUAAUUUCCUUGCGGGUUUACUUUGAUCACGUAUCUGAUAGUGCCUUAAUCAAUGCGAAAUGUAAAUUAAAAUGUACCCAAGGAUGAUUUAUGUUGAUGUUAAUAUUAUACCCAUCAUUCGGUCAUCCUAGCGGCUCUUUUAAGAAAGAUCAUGAUCAGGUCACGCGUUCGAACAUAUUUGCAAAUUUUGUGCAAAUUAUGCUCUGUGUAAUGUUUUUAACAUGCUUGAGAGCAUGCGAUGCAGGCCCCGGUUGUUACUGCAAAGCGCGAAAACAGACGAAGUCGAGCCAGGGGCACCCAACGGCAAUUUUCGGGAAAAUAUCUGUUCGGAAGACGAUUUGAGAACUAGAAUUUUCGGAACAUUUGUUGUAAAAUUUCUUGCUUGCCUGCCUCUCCUAGGAUUUUCGAAGAUCUACAAAAUGGUAUAAUUACCCAUUUUAAACGGAUAUUUACUCUAAAAAAGGCCACCUAGAAUUUUCGGGAGCCUUUUCCUGGCUGAAAUUUUCGAAAAGGUGAGUUUUGAUCCCUAUAAUUUUCGGAUCACUAGACUUUCAGCUGGGAAAUCCGAACAGAUGAAAAGUUUUUAGGUGAUAAAAAUAUGCCUAUAUCUACCGUUUGAAUACUAAAAUACGUUCAACAAUGCUAUGUUUAGUGGUUUUGAACUAUAUCCUCGUUGGGUGCCCCUGUCGAGCGUGAAGCUCGAGAGACGAGCGCAGAGCGCGAGAUGACGGAAAGGUUCACGUUUACGGUAAACGGCAAACGUGAAUUUGUACCACGUGACCAACUUCCCUUAACUUGUGCUUUACUGCUCAUUACUUCUACCCCAAAAUUAGUAGCUUCACUUUAGUUUUGUCUAUAACAAUUGUUUUGGACUGUUUUUAGCUGUACCUUUUGUGUUUUGAGAAAUUCUCAACUUGAAUCUGCCAUUUGCCGUUUCCGUAAACGUCAGUCUAAAUCUCUCUCUUACUCUCGCCAAUAAAUGACGUAUGUUAUCUGUGCUACAAUUUUUCAAAAUAAGACUUAAACCGUGUUUUGGCAAUGUCGUCGCACUUUUUGGAAAGAGAUUCGGUAGAAAACAUCUGCACGUAUAUUAACGUCCAAAAAAACUGGAAGUUCUUUCAUUCCACGUCGGACUGUAUCCACACGAACGCCACCAUUCUCUCUUGGUUAAUUACAAUCUGUUAAUGGUUUAGACUUUUUAUACAUGUGACAGUGUUCUUUCUUUCUUAUUUAUUUUAUUUUAUUUUUUUCACAAUCGAAUGUAUACAAAUAUAGUCGUAAAUCAAACGUCGCUCGCAGAGAACCCUGGUAACGAGGUUGACGUCUCUCUUUUCCCAUUGUGACGUCAAAUUGUUAUGUCAUAUUUGUAAGGGUUCGCGCGCCUGGGUUUGCUAAGACUGCUACCAACGUUAAACAUCUUAAUAUUUCGCUGUGCUUUACUUCAUGAGAAGAGAAGAUAAACCAAUCGCAAUGAAGGUACUUGAAAAAGUGCAUUGCAAAGUAUUCCUUGUCGCCACUGCCGCUGAAAAGUAACCAGUCAUUGGAGAGAAGCUACAACCAAAUCCAGUGCGUCUGUUUUCGCAGGCUGCCUUGGACAUAGAUCUCAGCAAGGACACUUAGAAUGAGAAAACGCGGAGGAUAAGGUUUAUACUUCUAGGUUAAUUCUUUAUCUUUCUUCUUUAGUCAAGAUGCCUAUCAUAAUGGCAGGAGAAAACCAAGAAGUUCCUUUAUCCGACAUAUAUAUGGCCAAAAUGAGAAUAGAAAAGGAUUUUAAGGCUACACCUUGUACGGCAAGUAUUUUUACUUUUUACCAUUAUUCUUCCUUGUUUUUACUUAGCUUUGUACAGCCACGUCCUGUAAGGGCGUAUCAAUCGGAGUUUUCAAGAUCCUCCGGGUUACCAUAAAAUCCCCUCAUUAAUUAAGGUAAAAUAUCUGUAUAAGAACCUUCUCUGUAGUUACUUCGCCAUAAAAACUUUAACUGUCUGCUUUUCUUCCAACAGAAAGCCUCCUUUGGUUAUGAUUUUGGAAUUGAGGUUGCCCUAAAAGAGGAAAACCUCUCACCAACUGGCAGGUAUUUUUCUCGGUUCAAGUUCAGUUCAUGCUGUAACUAGUCUACACCAAGGCAUGGUCUCGCCGAUUAUCACAUCUUCUCUCUCUUUCUAUUCUCAGUUACUACGACAGGGCAGUGCUGAAUUCUCUUUUGGUUUUACCAGAGGUAGGAUGCCUAUAUCCUUUCUCAUACUAUAAAUUUACGAUUUUUUGAGUUCAUUCAGCCGGACAGGUAUAUUUUGCUUGUUGAAUUUUCCUUUCAUGGAUAGCGCAACACGAUUUAAAGAGAGUGGGCUUCAAUCCUCUUCUCCCCUUCCCUCCUCUCCCCUCUCCUCUAAAAAACGUUAACUUUGUUUGGUAGAAAGAAAAUUAAAAGCAAUUCUUGCAGAAAGCAAAGCUGCUUAAGCCCCCCACCCUCCCCCCACACUUCGGUCUCCCCCUCCCUGUGCAUAAUUUGUAAGUUAGACUGCGAGCAGUUCCGCCUUUUUUCUUCAGAUGUAGUAAUGCAAGAAACGAGGGCGCCUUUUAACUUUAUCACUCCCGUGGUCACUUUUGUGUCUCGCCCGUUUUGCUCGACGGACUAAGAAGAAAGAGAGAUUGCUUGCAGUCUACACAAAGUUGAAUGUUUUUACUAGUGAUUUGAAACUAUGAGGAAUUACUUUUCGUGACAAUAAACUGUAUAUCAAGAAUACCGAUUAUAAUGGGAGGUACGUUUUCUGCCGAUAGGAUCAACAACGACGUGGUAUUAUUACAGCUACAGAAUGCAGACCCUUUAUCCGAGCCCUAUUUCAUUAUGGACCAAAGCUCGGGGUACCUGUGACCAUUGUGGUUCCAAACGGAAGUAAAAUUCAAACUCAAAUGUGUAGUCAGCCAGGAAGAGUUAUUGUGAGCUGUGGCGCUGAUAUAAAUGAGGUGAAUAAAUGUUUUCACUUGCCAAUAAACUGAAAAGUUUAAUCAGCAAUCUUUUUCUCUGUCCUCGAUUCACAGAGGUCGCUAAGCAUUGAAGCGGUUUUAUUGUUUUGUUUUGACAGCUCCUCGCACGAAAGAGACUCAUCGGACUUUUACGACUGAUGUGUAGGCUUUGUUAGAUUAUGCUAGCAAAAGUACCAUAAUUAUGCUACGAGCAGUGCUCGUAUAUUUCUAAAAUUAUGCCAAUAAUUAUGCUAGUUUUUGUAAAUUAUGCUCAUUUUAGAUGAAAAUGCAGAACUUAUGCUUCUACUAUUUAAUUAAAAUUUGGUCAAAACAUCUCAAUAACUAUGCAAGAAACAAGUAAAUGGCAAACACAUUUACCCUACUUGCAUCUAGAAAAUUUAAGAGUGCAUAAUUCAUGGUCUGAUAACUUUAAAAACCCAAACAACUAACAACCAGCAUUCAAGCGGGUGCCAUCUAGCUCUUGGGUAACCGAGCUAGUUAUGCGCAUGCGUUGAGCCCUGCUGAAAGAGUCCUGGGUCACUUUCUGGUCAUGCCCUCCUUUGACUAACGACACAGUCAGGUGGUUUUGCCCGCUUGUUUCCAGGGGACUCGUGGAUUGGAAUAAAACGUGUUUUUCGAGUAAUUUUGUGAUCAGAUAUCUGAAUUGAAUCUGAAGCUUUCGUUUCAAUACCAAGUCAUAAAGUCGUAUAGCUGUGUUUUGUUUUCAUCCUGGCCCUGGUCCACAGGCCAGGCAGUUAUGUAAGGUGGUUAUGCCCGCCUUUGACUAACGACUCAGUCAGGUGGUUUUGCCCGCCUGUUACUGGGGGUCAUGGAUUGGACUAAAACAUGUUUUUUGAGCAAUUUUGUGAUCGGAUAUCUGAAUAAUAUUGUAUAGUGAAGCGUUUUCGUUUUUGAUACCAAGUUAUAAAAUCUUAUAGUGUGUUUUGUUUUCAUAAAACAUGGCCCUGGUCCUCUGAAUUGCCAGGCAGUUAUGUCUAAUAGUGUGGUUAUGCCCGCCUUUGACUAACGACUCAGUCAGGUGGUUUUGCCCGCCUACAUGGGACUCAGGUCCCUUGAAUGCGACUAUAAGCAGACAAAAAAAAUGAUUUUUUUAAACUUAAAUUUGUCUGUAACAAUGAUCUCGGGCUAAUCUGCGAUCGGGCGUAUUUUUUCCCUCUCUUCUGCCAAACAAAAGAGAAGAAGGACUUCCUGAUCGCAGGUUAAUAUCGGGCCAAAAAAAUUGUUGCAUGAUCAGUAAAUGACAAUUUUGUGCUGCAAAACUAGCCAAAAGUGCAAAUUAUGCUUGUGAUGGCGAAUUAUUUCAAAACUUAUGCUAGCAUGAUCUAUCAAAGCCUACUGACUUAUGCGAGGUGCUUUCCUACCCGAUACCGAAUCCAUGGAAUACACCAGCGGCAGUCACUACCAGAGAUUCUUAUGUCUCUAAUGGUUUUUUUAUCCUUUAUAUGAGAAUUUACUCUGAUAUUUCUCUAGCCUCCAUUUCUAUUUUUCGUUUAUCCUCUGUGACUCAGAUAUAUAGUGGUUGCGUAUAAAAGGAAUCUAUUGAAAAUGUAAACAUGUUCAGUGUAGCAUGAUUUUCUACUUUCAGUUAUGUAUGCCAUUACGGUUUCCAAAAUAGUGGCAGUUUUCAAACUGUAUUGGUGAACGCGUGGGGAUUUUUUAAUCUGAGAAUCAUCUUCUAUGGGCACCUCUCCUCAAUUUUUUUUUUCAUUCUCAGGCAAAAAAGAACGCCAAAGAACUUGCUAAAGGAGUAAAAUUGGAAUAUAUAGACAGGUAAUGAUAAGCUGAUAUCAUUGGAAAGCUGAUAUCAUAUUGGAAAGCUUGUUUGUAGGCUGCUUUCUGAGUACAAGACAUCCAGCAACUCUUCAUGAAAGAAAAGAUCUAACGGCACUUAGCUAGCCAGGCCAGGGUGGGAGGGGAACUCAAAAACGUUUUAAAUACAGGAAAACAGUCUCCCCCGAGGUGCAAGCCCUUACCCUUUGGUACCCGUUUCACAUACCUAGUGUAGAACUUUGCCUCUCUUUUAACUCCUUUAAGUGUAAUCUUUUUAAAAUAUGAAUAAAUCAGAAAACCAGAACGUUUUCUAGACUUUUUCAUCUGUUAGCCCUUUAGGUCUUUCUACAGACCAAAAUGACAGAUUUCCCUGCCCUCGUCUGUAUCCCUACACUUUCAUAUUCCUGAAUCCUGAAAAAGAUACCCCCCUCAGGCAGAGCCUCCAAGUAUAAGCCAUUAUAGGGAGUAACCCCGGGGCCUGGGGACGUUGAUAUCACGGGUUGUCAAUCUGACAUCACUGGUGUGCUUUGCACUGCGCAUGAGCCAAAUUCUUAAACUUGUUUCUUGCUACGCUUCUUUUGCAGAGACCACAGCUCCUCCAUGUUAGCAGGCUUAUGUACCAUGGGUUUUGAGAUUCUAGAACAAUGUAGAUCCAACGUUCAAGCUAUCCUUGUCCCUGGUAGUGAGAAAAACCUUCUGAAAGCGUUAAAAUGUUCUAUAAAAAGCAUAUCUCCCGAUGUGCAAAUCAUAGUAAGUCUGACCGAAUCUGCUGUUUAUUUGUUUGUUUUCCUUGGGAGAUUCACAGAUAAAUAUGACAGGCAUGCACGUCGUCUCCCUUUUGAGGUGUUAAUCGCAGUUUUGUUCUCAUUCAGGGUAUUCAGGACCGCGUUUUAAGAUUCAACGACGCGACGGUAACGAGAACGUCUAAAAAAAAAAUAGGUUUAGUAAGCACAGCAACAGCUUUGCACGUGCAGCACGCUUUUUUGUACAUUUCCUUGCCGUUUUGCACGAAUACGACGUGAAAAUGCCUAUUUUCGUGUUUAAUGAAGAACGUAAACAAGCAACGACAAAAAUUUAUUUCACUUUCUGAGCUUUGAAUAUGGUCCGUUGGAAUUCAAAUUCAGGAGGGCUCGCCUACAUUUGACAGAGCAAGUAAGUAGGAAUAAUCGCGAUAAAGACUGAAAGAACGCAAAUUCGCUUUUAAAGCAACGUUCUCGUUGCUGUCGCGUCGUUGGAUCUUAAAGUCUAAUAACCUGAAAACGGACCAUGCCUGAGCGCGGCAGAACACGUCGAAUGAAUCCAACAGAACAAAAUGAAUAAAAGCAAACAGAAAGACAGUUUAAUAUUUACAGAUAAGAGACUAGAAUUUCUGUUUGUCUAUUUCGGCUCCAGUUCCCUUCUCGUUUCUAAAGUGGCGAAUGACCAGCCUCGUUCCCAGUCGUCCUCGGCGAUUUCGGAUGUGACGUCACCUGUCAAGCUUGUCGGGAAAAUUUGCCAAGGAAAAUUCGCGCUCGGUUCCAAGUCUCCCCUGGUUACUCGGGUAGCGCAAACUGGCCUGAGUACGAGGCUGGUGAAUGAUAACAAGAGCGAACGCCGUCAUACUGUGUUGAAAUAUGUUUGUGGUCAAGUAAAACCUGAACCACGCCCAGAUUGGUCUCCUUUAAAAUGAAGGACUCGAAUUUAUAUGGGACCCCCUCCCCCCGUCCCCGGUUGUUAUAGUAAAAAAAAGUUCUUGCUCAACAUCAUCUCCCUCCUAUAUUGACACAUAUUUUAUGUUACCAGGGAGUCCACAUGCAGGACAAAGAGCGUACAGAGAGUACGGGUAAGAUAUGGUUCUUUUUAUUCAUAGUGACCAUAUUAAACCUUAAGCACAUAAACACCUCAAAUACCCAUAAAGGAGCUAAGCCACGAUAUUUAGCAAAAUUAAAACUGUAAAAACUUCCACCACGAAAACAUAAAAAUAAACGCUCAAGACAUUGAAAGAAGGAAUAAAUAACAAGGCGAAUUCAAAAGACGGUACAGAUGGACAAAUUUGAACAAGAUUAUAUAUUAAAACGGAUUGAAGUUGAAAACUUUAGUAACAGUUUUUCAAGGUUCACUUUCGUUGUUUUCUAAAGUUUAAGGCAUAUUUGUUGCAGAAGAAGCCGUAAUUUUGUCAUUUACAAGUAAAUUUCUUUGCUACCAUGAUGUUCCAUAGCGCAUAAAGUACACGGAUUGGCAAAAUGAACAAGACAGCCGUGACACAGUCCCUUUAACCACCCGUACGUUUUUCACUAUUUUCGCAAGACACUAGCAAAUUUCCAGGGGCACAUAACGACGAUUUCCUCUUAUAUGCAUUGAAAACACUUUUUAGGUAGGCUGCCCAAGUUUUGCGAAAGUAAAUUUUUUUGCUGAUUCCGCUCUUCACCGCAUUUUCGAAUCCGAAAAUUUUAGGUUUCCUUUUUCUACGAAAAAUAGCUUAACCUGGGUAGUGAAAUGCAAAAAAUAAAACUUCAGAAAACCGUAGGGAAUUUAUUAGAUAAAUUUUACAUGAAUGGGAACGGUCAUCUAGAAAUUUUUAGCCAUCCUCAAGUAAUGAGAAAAUUCCAGUCAAUAUUUGCUUCAACGGAUAUUUUACAGAAAUUAGUCGUUGGAUGCCCUCCAAUUUUUGUGGUUUUGCAAAUUUCGUUGUUGUGCUCUAUAUCCUGUACAUAUCUCACUAUUCCGUACAUUUGCUUCUAUUGUAAAAAACUUUAUUUAUGGCCUUAGAUUCCAAUUUCCUGAAUAUGAGAAACGAAUCAGAUGGCGUGCUCCAGGUUAGGUAAGUUGUAAAAGCAUUUAAUACAUAACAUCGCUUCUUCUUGUGUUAAAAACAAGGGUUGCUCGGCUUAUUUCUAUUCCAGCCUUGAGGGCAGUAACACAUGCUAUUUCCUUAGGGCUUUGUUUGAGUUUUCUGAAUUUCGGCUGGUCGACUCAAGGUGGAUAUUUCCACUGUGACGAAAUUUUUACGUGCGUACGCGCGUAAAUGAAAUGUAUGAAAGGUUGCGCGUAAACGUGAACGUCGCUUAAGUAUUCCUCUUGCUCUGCUAAAAAGGUCUAUUUAAGCUUUUCUCGUUUUCAUCUCUAGCAAUGAGGAUGUUUCAAAAGCCGUUAUACGAGUCGUGGAAGAGAAAGGUUUUCUCACACUGUUGAGUGAAGAAGGAGUGAUGGCAUUAGCCGCAUUACUGUCUUCACCUCUCACUCAGUUAGAAAGGUAUGUACAAACCCACAGUCACCGUGAUAAUUACUUGUAAUUUUAGCAUGUAUAUCCCAGGUGUCCAGAUUGCGGAGACGGCUGAAACUGGCUAACUAAUUUUUUUGUAACACGAUAGGUUCGUUACCAAAACAAAUCUCGCUAUCCGAGCGAGCGGAUGGAUGGAAGGCUAGGAAUUGCUUACCGGGUGACGUCACGCCCUAACUCACCAAGGACGAGUGUUCGUCUUUAAAUAUCUCCCUAACCCCACAACUCACUGCUUUUUCCUGUCCACUUUUCUUUGUACUGUUCCUAUUAUCUGAUUAACACUGAAGCCCCGUCCAGACGUAUCCGUUGUUGUUUGAAAAAGCUAAGGUAUUUUUUCUCUCAGUUUUGCGAAAAAAUUCGUGUCCACGCGCUGCUUUUUUGAAUCGUUUUUACCAGAGGGCCAAAUUGGAGGAAAAAAUCUCCGUUUUAAACCAAAACGGGUACCUGUAGACGAGGCCUGAAUAUCGUUACUCAGCCAAGGAGGAUGCAGAAUGCUGGUAAAACUGUUUGUUCAUGGGUGCCUCAAAGAUUUUUAAGAUCCUUGAAGCUGUUGUCCAAUUUCAGCCUUACAAGGGAUGCUGUAUGUGUGCUCAAAAUAAAUACGUGUGAAUUUUUUCAUCGAGAAGGUCUUUUUUAAUUUUCCAUAGGGUGGUGGUGGUGUGUUCAGAGUGCCUUGUACCCAGUCUACUUCAAAUAGAACAGGUCUUGAAGGCAGGCCUGGUUGCUUAA